UUUUAAAUAAGUAAAUAUUUUCUAGAGGCUGCCAACAAUAAGCCACCAGAAUUACAAAUGUCUCUACUGGAACUCGAAUGUAAACUUGAAGAAGAGGAUGCAUUAAAUUUUGAGGCUGACGAUGAAGAUUUGGAUGCUCUUGUGCUGGACACAUCAUCUUGUGGUUUUGACUCGCCAAAUGAGGAUCGAUUUCAAAACUCAUCAUCUUUAUCGUUAGGAGACGACAUUAGUGUUAGCCAGCCAACAAAGGUGACAAAUGAAGAGUUACCUAAAAUCUCCCCAACAACAUCAACUCCGACAGACUUUUCCAAUGUUCAACGUUCAACAGAGGUACCUAAAUUUCCAAAUUUAGACAAUAUUUUGAAAAUAAAUGAUAAUCCAAAUUCAGCCUCAGUCGAGAUAUUUAAACAUUUCAAAAUACCGAAAAAAUUAAAAGCAGUCAACAAAACCAAAAUUCAUAAUGACAAUAAUAAUAGGAUACCUGACGCGCAUUUGCAUCCCAUUGUACACUUGGAAAGAAUUCCUUUGAUCAAGGACAAUAGCAUACACAUUAGAGAUUUUUAUGCCAUAAUAAAAUCGAAGGACAAAACAGAUGUAACAAAGAGAAAACUUGAUAGUGAACCAAAAGUAAUGACAAGUAAGGAAAAUCCUGUCCCAGAACAGGGAAACCCUGUUACAACAGCCACAACAAAACAACCAAUAUUUAGAUGUACUUUCAACAAUGUGCCUGCCAUACUAGCCAGUAAAGAGCUGCCUAGUUGUACACAGGGACAAGUACAUAUUCAAAAUUCCAAUCGACAGCAUUGCUCUUCAUACGGCAUAAAGGAAGUAGCGGCAAUUUUUGGCAUAACCUGUCUGCCACAUCUCGAGAAUUUAUGUCACCACCCACCAUUGCUCUGUAAAAUGUCACAUCAAAUGAAUGACCUAGACACGGUAUUCAAUAGUCUAAAUGGCAUGAAUGUCUCCGAUCUAAAUGUGGCAUAUUCAUUUGCCUAUAACCAUCACAAAUUAUAUCGACAAUUUUUCAUUUUAUUUUGCAACAUUUACACACAACGCAACAAUCGCAUGGUGCUCCUGAAAAUGGUAAACGAUUGCGAACGUUAUCCGGAACAAGCAGAAAAUCUAAUUGUACUCUUCGAUGCCUUGGUUAAAUGUGGUCUAAGUCCCUCAAAUGCCUGUCGCCUUAUGCUGAAACGUAGUCGAGAUCGGUCGACACCGGUCAUAGAUGCGCUGGUCGCAAUUAUAAUGAAGACAGGUUGGGCAAUGUUUUCCGAUUACAUUGAAGGCUUUACGAUGGACAAUCAACAAUACCAUUUUCGCAUACCUGUACUAGAGGAAAUGGCUACCGAGCUAUUGAACAGUAGCAACAGUAAUCUCGUACAACUUAAUCAAGUGUUUUUCAAAUGUGUCCAAACAGUACAUCUCGAUGAACUGCCCAUGCUAUGUUCGCCGAACCUAUUGAAGUGUCUUGGUCUAAUGGCAACAAGUAAAUAAAAGUACAAAUGUCAACCCCCAAAAGACACUAAAAUGUACAAAUCUACAUCGCACAAAUCUAUUCUAUACUGACUGACGGUAUGCUGAAUUUUAUUAAUAUUUGUUUUUUUCCAUUAUUUUUUUUUAAUUUUUUUACAGGUUUACCUUUUAAAAAGGUAUUAAAAUGUAUAUUCUCAUUACUUGGUAUAUAUAUAUAAUAUAUUAAAAACUUUUAUGUAUAUUUUAACCAUUUAUUUUUAACAAUUGAUUUAUUAAUGAAACCAUGCUCUAUCCAUCUACAAAAUGAAUUCUUUAUUUUAUUUUGAAAUGUACCAAGUUUUGUAUCCAUGCGACAAUAAAUCAAAUUUUAAUUUUA